CCACCAAUUAUAGUUAAAUUUUGUUUUUUACUUUUUGCAAACUUGAUACUCUCAAGUUAUUAGUUUUUUGUUUUUUGACUGGAUUCUUGAGUAGUAUUUAAUACUGAGUCUUUAUUGUAAAACAGGAGAGGAGUUGAGAUCUUCUCCAUUUUUUAUUCUUUCCAUUUCUCAAUAUAUUUAGUUCCCAUGGAAGAUGAUUUUUAUUGUUUAAACUUUCAAUAAGCAUAAGCUACAUUUUCAUGACAAGAAUAUGCUAUGCAUAAGCUAUAAGUUAUCUUGAACACAAAUAAGAAGCAUUUUCAAUUUUAAGUUUUGAAUUCAAAGUUGUCUAUGGCACAAAUCUUCUGAUUCUCUUAAUCGUCAUCGAGCAAGAGAAGAGAGAAUGAGUAGUUACACGACACAACACAUGAUCAGUAACAUCCUAAGAAAUAACUCAAACAAAACACUAUCAGCAAAACAACUUCACGCACACAUCGUAAUAACCAAAGGAACAUUCCACAACGACAACAUCCUCGUACUCUCACUCUACUCCAAUCUCAACCUCUUACACCAUUCUCUUCAUCUCUUCAAUUCUCUUCCUUCACCUCCACCACCUCUCGCAUGGUCUUCCCUUAUCAAAUGCUACACUUCUCACUCCCUUCUUCACCUUUCUUUCUCUUCCUUCAACUCCAUGCGCUCUCUCUCUGUUCCACCCAAUCGCCAUGUUUUCCCUUCUCUCAUUAAAGCUUCCACUCUUUUGAAACAUCCCAAACUCGCUUAUUCCCUCCAUGCUUCCACCGUUCGUCUCGGUUUCGAUUCUGAUCUUUAUAUUGCAAAUGCACUCAUCAAUAUGUAUGCAAAGUUUCAUAAUUUUUCUGUUACUGAAAAUGCAGGCAAGGUGUUUGAUGUAUUUCCUCAAAGAGGGAAAUAUGAGAUUGGUAGUGUUAGGAAGGUUUUUGAUAUGAUGCCUGUUAGGGAUGUUGUUUCGUGGAAUACUCUUAUUGCAGGGUAUGUUCAAAAUGGGAUGUAUGUUGAAGCAUUGGAUAUGGUUAGAGAGAUGGGGAAGAAUGGUAACUUGAAGCCUGACUCGUUCACUCUUUCGAGUAUUCUUCCUAUUUUCGCCGAGCAUGUUGAUGUUUAUAGAGGGAAAGAGAUUCAUGGUUAUACUGUGAGAAAUGGGUUUGAUGGGGAUGUUUUUAUUGGAAGUAGCUUGGUUGAUAUGUAUGCUAAGUGUAAUAGGCUGGAAAAUUCGCUAUGUGCUUUUAAUCACUUGCCGCGGAAAGAUGCCAUUUCUUGGAACUCUAUCAUUGCUGGUUGUGUUCAGAAUGGUGAAUUUGAUCGAGGGCUUGGAUUCUUUCGUCGGAUGUUGAAGGAAAAUGUGAGACCUAUGCCUGUUUCUUUCUCUAGUGUUAUACCUGCUUGUGCUCAUUUGACUGCUUUGAAUUUGGGGAAGCAGCUUCAUGGAUGUAUAAUUAGAAUUGGUUUUGAUGGUAAUGAGUUUAUAGCUAGCUCUCUUGUGGACAUGUAUGCAAAAUGUGGUAACAUUAAGAUGGCUAGAUAUGUUUUUGAUAGAAUAGAGAAACGUGACAUGGUGGCGUGGACUGCAAUCAUUAUGGGAUGUGCAAUGCAUGGGCAUGCCCUCGAUGCAGUUUCCUUGUUUGACAACAUGUUAGAGGAUGGAGUAAGGCCUUGCUAUGUGGCAUUCAUGGCUGUUUUAACUGCGUGUAGUCAUGCCGGGUUGGUAGAUGAAGGUUGGAGAUAUUUUAACAGUAUGGAGAGGGAUUUUGGGAUUGCUCCUGGUUUGGAGCACUAUGCUGCUGUUGCUGACCUGCUCGGUAGAGCUGGAAGAUUGGAGGAAGCUUAUGAUUUCAUUUCUAACAUGGGAGUACAGGUACAACCCACUGGGAGUGUGUGGUCAACACUGUUGGCUGCUUGCAGGGCACAUAAGAGUGUUGAAUUAGCUGAAAAGGUUGUUGACAAGUUGCUUUUGAUUGACCCUGAAAACAUGGGGGCUUAUGUUUUAAUGUCAAACAUCUAUUCGGCUGCACGGAGAUGGAAAGAUGCUGCAAAAUUGAGAAUUCGCAUGAGAAAAAAGGGCCUGAAGAAGAUCCCUGCAUGCAGCUGGAUUGAGGUUGGAAAUGAAGUGCAUACUUUUAUGGCUGGAGAUAAAUCUCAUCCUUAUUAUGAUAAAAUAAACGAAGCAUUGACUGUUUUAUUGGAACAGAUGGAGAAAGAAGGUUAUGUCCUUGACACAAAUCAGGUGCUCCAUGAUGUUGACGAGGAACAGAAACGCGACUUGUUACACAAUCACAGUGAGAGACUUGCCAUAGCAUUUGGCAUCAUUAGCACUACUGCUGGUACAACCAUCCGAGUAAUAAAGAAUAUUCGGGUAUGUACGGAUUGUCACACCGCAAUUAAAUUUAUUGCUAAGAUUGUUGGAAGGGAAAUCGUUGUGAGGGAUAACAGUCGUUUUCACCAUUUCAAGAACGGGUCUUGUUCAUGUGGUGAUUAUUGGUGAAAUAAGUCAAAUAACAGUUCUGAUUGGAAAUCCUAUGUUUUUAGAGCUAGUCACUGGGUUGUCAGUGACAACUGAGCAUGUCAACACUGACUGGGAGGUGGAUGAAGAAAGCAAAGAAACUGAAGUCAGGACUAAAUAUGGGUUAGGAUACUUGUUGUGCUUCAGUAAGAUUGUGCUCUCAACUUGGUCAAGAGAGUUUGAAUCCUGAUUAACAUUGUCUGAUUUCUUCAUGUCAAGCAUCUGAAUUGAGUUCUGAUUGCCUACCUUAUGAAUAUCACUGUGACUGUGAGUAUUCAAUUACUUUCUGCCACCUCUUGUUUGGUUCAGCACAAUGUCCCCUAGAUAGUGUGUGUUUAAUUGGCUAUUUGACCACCUACUUAAUUCAACUUUUUAUUGGUGAGCCUGCCAAUAUCCACCGUCUGCCUAUCUGCUCCAUAUAUUGCCAUUGUAGAUUCCAGGGAAAUACAUUUGUGUUGUGAAGCUUUAUGGACAUGAUUUUUUUUUUUUUUUACUGUAAUUAUCCUUCAAUUUUUUACUCUUCUAUGCUGCUGACAAUAUGCUAUACGAUAUAUUUCAAGUGUUACAUUCUUUGAUGAAUCACGAGAUCUUAGUCCUUAAUAUGAAAUCCAAUCUUCAGAUCUUGGUCGAUCAGCAAUCACACAUUUCUCUGGGAGGGUGCAAGUUUAAGAAUCAAAUGUUGUGACAGAAGGAAAUAAAUAAAUCCAAAACAGCCAGUAUCAUUAUCAUGUGGAUUAAGG